AUGGCAAAACACACUGACAAUGCCGAAUACAAUGCCGGCGAAACGUUUGAGAAUGUACCAAGUCCACUGUCUGAUGCUGGGAAUCAUGACAACUACUCGGCAGACGACUUCGGACUCGGUGCGUUCUACAUAGUCUCCCUUAACACAAGACCAAGUUGCGACAACGAGGUCAACCCACUUCUAGCAGACGACGUCGGACUAGGUGCGUUCUACAUGGUCUCCCUGAAAACAAGACCAAGUUGCUACAACGAGGUCAACCCACUACAGACAACUUCGGACUAG